GCCCUUCGCGCCGGGGAGGCAGGCUGGGACCGGCGCACGGGACGCAGCCGCCCUUCGCGCCCUCCCGGCGGACAUCAUGCUCCAGUUCCUGCUUGGAUUUGCUUUUGGCAACGUGGUUGGAAUGUAUCUGGCUCAGAACUAUGACAUACCAAACCUGGCUAAAAAACUUGAAGAUAUUAAAAAGGACUUGGAUGCCAAGAAGAAACCCCCUAGUUCAUGAGGCCGACUCCAGCACUGCCUUCUGGAUGUACUGAUUCUGCUGCUCUUGAGGGCCUCCUUUACCAUCUGAACCAAAAGCUUUUGUUUUCAUCUCCAGCUUCAGUGCGUUUCUUCUUUGCUGGACCCUGCGUUGCCUUAGAGCACAACUGGGGCCACAAUUAAGAACUACCCUUACUUCUCCAGCAUCCUCACCUCUGCCCUUCUUCCUUCCAGCCGCUUGGGAGGUCCUAAGACUGGAAUUAUGGUGCUAGAUUAGUAAACAUGACCUUUAAUUAGUAGUCACCCCGUUAUUCCUUGUGAUCUCUACUAUGUUUUUUCAAAAGAGAAAUGGAUGAGUUUUGUAUAGCUGAUUAGAUAUAAAUGAUGCUGAUUUCACAGUUUAGAAAUUAAAAUGGGUGUUUAAACAUUUAGUACUAAAUUACAUUGUUUCAAAGUAAUUAAAAUUGAAAUCUAGAAGCCAGUUUCUGGUGAAUUAUCUAUUUUAUACUGUUGUCAGGCAGCUCCAUAAUUGCUAGUUUAACCAAUAAAUCAAUUUACUAUUCAUCAACUUGAGAAACUAUAUUCUGAGAACCCUGUCAGGAACUGGGGAAUUUAAAAAUACGUAAAAUAAUGGCCUUUGUCCUCAGUAGAAUUCAUAGGCUAGUAUGCAUAUUUUUCCUUAAUGAUGCACUUGAUCUGGCUCUUUUCCCUCAGAAGAAUCACACUUAUUAUAAGGAGUUACAGGUGCAUUUGACAUUACAUGGUGGAUAAAUGAGAAGUUAUCUAUAAAAGAAAUUCUAUGCCUUUUCACAUUAAAAAAAAGUAUUUACAUUAUAACUUUAUAGUGAUUCUCAUAAGAAAACUUUUCUUUUUUGUUUUUUUCUGCAAUCAGAAAUUAUUCUUGUAAUUUGUCAAACAUAUAAUCAGUCCAUUUUUUUUUUUUAGUCCAUAUUUUUUUAAUUGGGGAAAAAAAAAGUUUAAAUAUGUAACUUUUCCCCUGGGUCAAGAUACAAGAGUGAGUUAGAGUAAAGGCCCUCCCUCCCCUGUCCUCCAGCACUGUCACCAGUUUCCUGUAUACUUUGAGAAGGAUUCUGUGCCUAAACAAACACAUGUGUGCACGGGGGUUUUAUUGAAAUGAUAGCAAACUAUACACAGAGUUUGCCCCCUUUUUUUAGAUGGAGAUCAUUCAAUAUCAGUAUGUAAGGAACAAAGAACUUCUUUCCUUUUUUGGCUACAUAAGGUUCUAUUGAAUGUAUACACCAAAAUUUAUUUAAUCUGCUACUGAUGAAUGUUUAGCGUGUUUCCUGUCUUUUGCUAUUAUAGUGAUAACCUUGAACCUAAUGUUAUUUUACAUAUCUAUGCAGGGUGAAGCUGUAAGCUAAAAUCCUAAAAGUGUAAUUUCCACUAAAUAUAUAGUCCCACUUCAUUGGGUGUUUUGUUUCAGAGGGCUUGGGCAGCUUCACUGAUAAUGCCAUUUCUGAAGACAUUUUAGCAGAAUCAGUAAACUGGGAGAAUUAUUUGGAGACACCUUUUUUUCAGACAAUGAUGACACUGAUAUUAUAUGUGAUUAUAAAAUAAAGUGAUUCUGCUUCUGUUUGAAUCAUGUAUGGAUCUCUCAUACAUAGAGAUAACUUUUACCUCUAUCAGGUUGUCCUGGGUGUGAGACAGAUUAAGAUCAUAUUAUGAUUUGGCUUCUCUCUAGCAGUGUGAUCAUAGGCAAGUGGCUUAUUUUUCUGAAACUGUUGUAUUCUCUGUAAGGUACGGAUGCAAUACCUACCUCAUAGGACUUCCAUGAGAAGUAAUUGAGAUAAUGUAUGUGAUGUGUUGCACAGUGCUUUGCAAAUUAUCCAAUAAAUAGUAGAUAUUAGUCCAAUCAUG